CGAUGUAUACCUAUCAACCUCUCAGUCACCAGAAGGAGCCAUCAGUCAGCGAUGAAGACAACUUAUACGAUAUGGAGGAGCCAAGGGACUUAGAACAAGAGUUAAAUCGAUAUCCAAGAGAGAGAUAUCUCUAAAAAGGCUUAUCCUUCAGAAUAGGGAGCUUAAGAAGGAUGCACCACAAUUCAGUAAGUCUAAGAAGACGCUUGAAGGUUUUGAUGAAAGUGCCAAUUUAUUACAAAACCCUAAGAAAUCGAUAGCUAAUCCAAAUGAGGAGUCUGAAAGGACAUUUGAUUACCAUAUUGAAGAAGAAGUCAAUCCAGAGGAAUACCCUCAGAGGGAGAAUUACAACUCUAUCUUUGCGACACCUAAUAAUCACCAAGCUUCUCCAUUUGAAAAACAGCUCAGGUUAGCAGACUAUGACGGUGAAAUUCCUCCUAGUAUUUUAAAUCGAGGAGAUACAGACUCAAAGCCAUGAUCUUCAGGCAUUUCUUCAUUAAUCUCUCUGCAAAGAGGUGAAAGAAACUUCUGUGAUACUUACUUAGUACACAAGGAGACUAAUCGAAGUAGUGUCUUGACAUCUCACGACGACAGUCGCGAGAAAGACCCAUUCUGAAUUGCAGAGGAUGCUAGUAAUCAACCCAGCUCAAGAAAUCAAAAUUUCAGCAAAGCCAGAGAAGACACUAUCUGUAAACUUCUCAACUUGACUGACUCGAAGGUGAAGGAUACCGAACAGAAGCAACGGGAGACUCAGGUAGAAGAACCCCAAGAAGAAACCCAUGUCAUUAGAGCAAAUCGCAACCAAUAUCGAGGGUUUGAAAAAUAAUGACCGGAUUGAUUUUCAUCCCAAAAAUGAACGGAACAAUACAGAAAUUCUUCUCCAAGAGACACAAAACCUAUUAGAAGAGUAUAAGAAAAAAUACCAAACAAAGGAGGUAGAGAAGGAUGUGAAGGAAUCCCGGAAUGUUGUGGUGUUUAAACCUCAACCGAGUAUCAACUCCAGACCUUCUAGUAUGAAUCCUAAAAAGACAGAUACUUUUAAAUCUCCUGAGAUAAAGGUCAAUGGAAACCCUAAAAAUAGGUAUAAAAGAUGAUUCGAUUCAGCUGAGCCUCCAAAGUACUUAACUUCUAGUGAUAAAAAGAAGGGUGCUAGGGAGAACACUGAGAAAUCAAAAGGAUACCUACACGAGUCUUAUAAAAGGUACUCAUCCAAAGAUAGGCCAGUGUAUAAGAUAAUUAACGGGAAGGUAAUCAGGAUUGACCCCAAUAACCCUAAGAAACAAGAUUCUGCUGUCAAGCCGAAAUAUACUAUCUAUAAAACUAUUGAGCAUCCCAAGAUUGUCAUUACGGAUUUUAAUGAGACGAAGGCAGGAAUGUGUUGGCCAGCCAAUCUGAACACACCUCGAGAAGCAAAAUUGAUGAGCCAUAUCAGUACCAGAAUCGGUACAAGAGAAAACUACCGAGACCGGAGAGAAAAGAGCAAUACAAAAUCAUUGAAAAAGGUAAGCCCUCAGAAGGGUGCCAGCAAGAACUCGUGGGCUUCACAGACAAAUUCUAAUAGUAAAGGACCCAUGCUUCAGGAAAUUGAUACUUUCUCAGAAUUUUCUGAAGAAAAACGUUACUUGAAGAAGAAAAUGAUCUACCAGAAAGAGAGAAAAGAGGUGUAUUCUAGUCAAUCUCGGAAAUCAACCAAGAGUUCUUCUCUCAGAACUAAGAAGAAUAGCUGCAAAGCUUCUCAAUUGAGCAGAGUUGCAUAUAGAUCUCCAGCUGUAAAUGGUCAUAAGCCUUGAGUCACUCGAAACACUGGCUCUAAACUCAGCAGCAUGAUGGCUAAAUAUGGAAACAAAAUCAAGACAAAUAUUACUACUAAGUUUAGCAAUGAUAAAAUGUGCCAAUACAGUAAAAAUACUGAAACACAAUCAGACAAAAAUAAUCUAUAUUUUAUGCCUGAGAAAGUCUGACCUGACGACCCAAGUGAGAAGUCGCAUAAUACCACAAUUCAAGUGAAAACAGAACAAGACGACUAUCUCAGGAUCCGUGACUAUGACUCCCAGCCUGAGAUAGUUCCUUCAUGGAGAAGAGCUCGUGCUCAAAGAAAUUACAUGUCUGCUCAUGAAGGUUCAGAGAGUGGAAGCGUCACUCGUAGUAUUCAUGACAGGAAUAUGUCAAGGACCGGAAGUAUAGAAGCUCAAUCUCGCCAUGCUUGGUCACAGAUAGAUCCGGAUGAGCACAAGAAUCUUCAGAUAAGGUCGCAGUAUCGGCCUAUUUCUCAAAAUCUGAAUCAGUCAAUCAACACUCAGAUUUCGAAAAAUCGGUACGAGAGUGGUAACAACAGGAAUUAUUUUCAAAUUUAUUAA